CCUAAGAAAAUGCUCAGAGAAAAUUCCACCUUGGUGACUGAAUUUAUUCUCUUAGGAUUAACAGACCGUCCAGAGCUUCAGCCCAUUCUCUUCGCACUAUUCCUGGUGAUCUACCUGAUCACUGUUGGAGGGAACCUUGGCAUGUUGGUAUUGAUCAGGAUAGAUUCACGCCUCCACACUCCCAUGUACUUCUUUCUUGCCAGUUUGUCCUGCCUGGAUUUGUGCUAUUCUACUAAUGUGACUCCUAAGAUGUUGGUGAACUUCUUAUCAGAAAAGAAAACCAUUUCCUAUGCUGCUUGUCUAGUCCAGUGUUAUUUUUUCAUUGCCAUGCUGAUUACUGAAUAUUACAUGCUAGCUGUGAUGGCUUAUGAUAGGUACAUGGCCAUCUGUAGCCCUUUGCUUUAUAGCAGCAAGAUGUCCAAUGGCGUCUGCAUUCGCCUGAUUGCUGGUCCCUACAUCUAUGGGUUCCUUAGUGGCCUUAUGGAAACCAUGUGGACAUAUCGCUUGACCUUCUGUGGCUCCAAUAUCAUUAAUCACUUCUAUUGUGCUGACCCACCCCUCAUCCGACUCUCUUGCUCUGACACAUUCAUUAAAGAGACAUCCAUGUUUGUGGUAGCAGGAUUUAACCUCUCCAACUCCCUCCUCAUAAUCCUCAUCUCCUAUGUCUUUAUUCUCAUCUCCAUUCUGAGGAUGCGUUCUACUGAAGGCAGACAGAAAGCUUUUUCCACCUGUGGAUCACAUCUUAUGGCAGUGACUGUGUUUUACGGGACCCUAUUCUGCAUGUAUGUUAGACCUCCCACGGACAAGUCAGUGGAAGAGUCCAAAAUCAUUGCUGUUUUCUACACUUUUGUAAGCCCAAUGUUGAACCCCAUCAUUUAUAGUCUGAGAAACAAGGAUGUGAAACAAGCUUUGGUGAAAUUGAUCAGAAGAAAUGUACUUUUGAAGAAGAAUCACAGUGUCCCUUUUUUAGUAAAAUAA